CCGCCGCGCGAUGGCGAGGCUGCGGGAUUGCCUGCCCCGCCUGAUGUUCACGAUCCGGUCCCUGCUCUUCUGGUCCCUCGUCUACGGCUACUGCGGGCUCUGCGCCUCCAUCUACCUGCUCAAACUUUUGUGGAGCAUCGGCAGGGGACCCGCGCAGACCUUCCGGCGGGGCGCGCGGGAGCACCCGCCCCGGUGCUUGAACGACCCCUCUGGUACCCACUGCUACGUGCGGAUCAAGGAAUCUGGAUUAAGAUUUCAUUAUGUUGCUGCUGGAGAAAGAGGCAAACCACUUAUGCUGCUACUUCAUGGAUUUCCAGAAUUCUGGUAUUCUUGGCGUUACCAGCUGAGGGAGUUUAAAAGUGAAUACCGAGUUGUAGCGCUGGAUUUGAGAGGCUAUGGAGAAACAGACGCUCCCAUUCAUCGAGAGAAUUAUAAACUGGACUGUCUAAUUACAGAUAUAAAGGAUAUUUUAGACUCCUUAGGUUAUAGCAAAUGUGUUCUUAUUGGCCACGACUGGGGGGGCAUGAUUGCUUGGCUAAUUGCCAUCUGUUAUCCUGAAAUGGUGAUGAAGCUUAUUGUUAUUAACUUCCCUCAUCCAAAUGUAUUUACAGAAUAUAUUUUACGACACCCUGCCCAGCUGUUCAAAUCCAGCUAUUAUUACUUCUUCCAAAUACCAUGGUUCCCAGAAUUUAUGUUCUCAAUAAAUGAUUUCAAGGCUUUGAAACAUCUGUUUACCAGUCAUCACACUGGCAUUAGAGGAAAAGGAUGUCAAUUAACCACGGAAGAGCUUGAAGCUUAUGUUUAUGUUUUUUCCCAGCCUGGAGCAUUAAGUGGCCCAAUUAACCAUUACCGAAAUAUCUUCAGCUGCCUGCCUCUCAAACAUCACAUGGUGACCACUCCAACACUACUACUGUGGGGAGAGAAAGACGCAUUUAUGGAGGUUGAAAUGGCUGAAGUCACAAAGAUUUAUGUUAAAAACUAUUUCAGGCUAACUAUUUUGUCAGAAGCCAGUCAUUGGCUUCAGCAAGAACAACCUGACAUAGUGAACAAAUUGAUAUGGACAUUUCUAAAAGAAGAAGCAAGAAAAAAAGAUUGA